GCGGCGGGCGGCGAGGCGAUGGCGGCCAUGGGCACGAUGGCGGCCAUGGGCGCGCUGCCGGCGGGCGCGCUGCCGCCGCUGCCCACGCUGGGGGUGCCGGGCGUGCCCGAGCUGAAGCCGCUGACGCGCUACGAGGCCAUGCGGCUGGGCCCGGGCUGGAGCCACUCGUGCCACGCCAUGCUGUACGCGCCCAACCCGGGCAUGCUGUUCGGCCGCAUCCCGCUGCGCUACGCCGUGCUGAUGCAGAUGCGAUUUGACGGACUACUGGGCUUUCCCGGGGGGUUCGUGGAUCGCCGUUACUGGUCCCUGGAGGACGGGCUGAAUCGGGUGCUGGGCUUGGGUUUAGGCUGUGUGCGCCUGACGGAAGCUGACUAUCUGUGCUCGCACCUGACUGAGGGGCCACACCGCGUGGUCGCACACUUCUACGCCAGGCAGCUGACCCUGGAGGAGCUGCAUACCAUCGAGAUCAGCGCGGUGCAUUCCCGAGACCACGGGAUGGAGGUGAUGGGCAUGGUCCGCGUGCCCCUCUACACCCAGAAGGACCGCAUGGGCGGGCUGCCCAACUUCCUGGGCAACUCCUUCAUCGGCACCGCCAAGUUCCAGCUGCUCUUCGCCCUCAAGAUCUUGAACAUGGUGCCGGAGGAGAAGCUGGCCGAGGCGGUGGCCGCCACACAGAAGCAGAAGAAACCGCCCACCGAGCAGGCGGCCGGGGCGCCGGGACACCUGCCGGGCGGCAGGAUGGGCAACGAGCUGGCAGCGCCCGCCAAGGCUGGCAAUGAGCUGCCGGAGAGCGCCGAGAGCCAGGCGGCGCUGGAGGGGCAGCCCGGGGCGGAGCAGCUGGCGGCCGGUGCCGCGGAGCAGCCGGCCGGGCUCGGGGCGGCCGUGGCGGAGCAGCCGGCGGCAGAGGCCAUGGAGUGACGCGGCCGCGCUGGGUGACGAGCGGGGACCUGCUGCCGCCGGCUCCCCGGCGCGACGUAAGGAACAAAAAGGUCUUAAAUUGGAGAGGCCCCGUGUGCCUUGGCCGGGGCCCUGGGCAGUGCUCGUUGGGGGGGGGGUUAGCUGGAGAUCUGUGGGAGCAGGAGAGUGGAAUAAAUGGCUUUGCUGAAGGCUUCA